CACGUGAUAAGUCAAAAAAAUCAAAGAUGAGAACGAUUCUUACGAUUUUAACGCUAUUUUGCGUUAUUCGAUUCGCCAAGAGUUACAACGUUUUACUAGCUACAAUGGGUGGUACAAAAUCGCAUACGAUACCAUUCGUUGCUCUUGGUAACGCUUUAAAAUCGCGAGGUCACAAUGUGACCUUGGCAAGCGCGUUCUCGGGUAUAGGAAUUAACAAUGGUCUUAAUGAAUUAGUCCCAACGAUUCUCGAAUCUUACGUAUACAAUUAUACUUCGGAGUGGGACUUGGUAGGUGCCAGAUUCCGCGAUGAACUACCACUUUCGCCGUGGAACGCAAUGAGAUACGGUUGGGAAGCGUGCGAGGCUUUGUUACAGGACGACGUCUCGGUCACUGCUCUCAGAAAACCGGAUGGAAGUCAGUGUGAACGAUGGAACGUUGCUGUGGUCGACGGUGCUUAUCCGGAAUGUCUCCUGGCUAUCUUACACGAGGAAAACGUACCUACGAUCAUGUUAAAUACGGUUGCUCUGUACAGUGGUUCGAUGACCCGCCAAGGAAAUCCGUCUCCUUGGUCGGUGACACCAUAUUUUGGGAAAGCCUUAACGCAAGACAUGAAUUUUCUACAAAGAGUAAUCAACGUCGCAUGCCUGAUCACUUUAGAAAUCAUGUAUUGGAUCAUGAUUACUGUUUAUCUGCAGCCCACGCUUCGAAAGUACUUAGGAGAGCAAAUACCCGAUGUAAGAUAUCUGACCUCGGAAAUACCGUUGACUCUACAAAAUAGCCAUUACAGCGUAGCCGAUUCCAUGCCGUAUUUGGCGAACGUGGUAAAUGUGGCGUGUCUGCAUUGCAGACCAGCAAUGCAACUCAGUCCGGAUUUAGAUUUGUUUUUACGUCGAGGUUUCAUCUUCGUCUCGAUGGGUUCAUCCGUGAGAGCUUCCGGAAUGCCUACAGCCUUGCGUGAAAUUUUUGUAGCGGUCUUCGCUACGUUACCUUACAACGUCAUAUGGAAAUGGGAAGGAGGAAAAAUAAAAGAUCUUCCGGUGAACGUAAAAACGGCAGGUUGGUGGCCUCAACAAGAACUUCUUGGACAUUCGAAACUUCGAGCUUUCGUUUCGCACGGUGGUCUUUUGUCUUUGCACGAAGCAGCUUUUCACGGCUCACCGACUUUGGUACUACCUGUUUUCUGUGAUCACGAUGGAAACGCGGCUCAAGCCGAAAAAUUAGGCUACGCUUUAGUGAUGGAUUUGGCCAAAUUAUCGAUAGGAAGCCUUCGCGAGGGAAUCCUUAAAGUUGGAGCACUGCGAAACAAUACAUACAGGAAAGCCGCGAAAAAACAAAGCAUUUUAUUACGAGAUCUUCCGAUAGGUCCCCAAGAACUUGCCACGUGGUGGGUUGAACACGUUGCGAGAUACGGCGAAGCCGAUCACCUCAAGAGUACGACGAGACGCAUGGGCGUAAUACGUUAUUAUUCUUUGGACGUUGGCGCGUUUUACGCGAUAAUCAUCAUGGCGCUGAUCUACGGAUUAAAACGUUUGUGCUGGAGACCAAUAACAAAGCAGAGAAUUUUCAAAAAAAAGAUCGACUGAUUUCGCACAAUAGACCUUUACGUAAAUCCAUCUUUUAUGCUUCAAGUACCUUUAAUUAUCUUCUUAGAUUUAUACUUAGAUUUUUGUAAUCGUAUUUAAAAAAAAAAAA